CUCCAGUCCCCUCCAGCCCCUCCAGCCCCGCCCUCCUGCCCGGGCCGGUCUCCAUGGCGCGGGGCGCACGCGGGAAGCGGGCCGGCGAGGGACUGACGUGGGGACCGGGAGCCCCAUGGAGAAAUAGAAAAGGCUUCACAGAAUACCUAAGGCCACCCCAGUGAGUCAAGUGGUGGAGACAAGACAAAAAUCCAGGUGUUAUUUUCAGAGUCCAGGUGGAAUCUAACUGAAACAAUGCCAAGAGAAAAGGAGGGAAAACAAAAAACUAAAGGAACACCCCUGCCCAUCAUUCCAAUUCUUCAAAAGUUCCUGAAAGCAUAUGAGAAGCACUGUGCACAGACUCAGACCUCUGUCUGUGCAGCCAUCAAACAGGACUUGAAAACCAGCAUCAACAAUGAACGGAUUCUCAGGAAAUUUAUGCUCGUAAGACCUAGAGACUCCCCACCAAGCACCCUACCAAUUUCCUUGGAACCUUUGCUCAUCACAAUUCAAGAUGAGUGUUAUAUGCUGGGGAAAGAGAUUUGUAUCUGGAGCCUUCAACUGAGCAACCCAGAGAUUGCCAGACUGGCUUCGCUUCUGGAGUUGAAGGGCCGUGCCUGCCCAUUUACCAGCCUGGAGCUCAUUGAUUGCAGGAUGGAUCUGUGGUCUCUCCGGAGACUCGGGAGGGCUCUGCUAGGCAGCUGUCUGCAUUCUCUUGUCCUUGAUUACUGCAGGUUUGGAAACGAAGAAAUUGAGAGUAUUUUCUCAGGCCUGGAGCACAAUCAAAGGCUUUAAGUCCUCAGUCUGCGCUACUGUGGUCUGGGGCCACAGAGCGGGCCACGGCUCGGUGCCAUCAUAAGCCAGAGCUCCAUUUGUGAGCUGCACCUUGACGGCAAUUACUUACAGUGCUCUGGAGCUGUGGCUCUCCUCAGACCCAUAGCAGAGUAUGCAGAGAUGCAGGGGAGAGACCAGCCGGCCACAUCCCCACCAGUCCCCAAGAGUCCCCCUCAGCAGCUGCAGGUCAGACAGAAGGGAAGUUCAACUUUGAACCAGACUACAAAGUCACCUGGAGCUGUAACACGGAAGACUACUUCAGGGAAGGAGAGAAGAAAAGGAAUCAAGAAAAAGAUGAAAGAUUUGACUGAAGCUGGUCCUUGGUUAGUGAAAUUGUAUUUGGCAGAUAAUGGCAUAGACGGAAAAGGAAAAGAAGGAGAAAAUGGCUUGUUGGAAUUCACUCAGAUUUUAAUGUGCCUGAUCACAUACUCUGCUCACUUAAGGGAAAUUGACCUUGGAAACAAUGUCCUAGGAGAAACGGCUGCUGCUCACAUACUUGAAGCACUGAGAGCCAGAAAGACAGGUAAACUCCCAAUCUUAAAAAUCAUAAUCACUCCUCAAGUCUCUUCGGACACCUUCAAAUCUAUUUGGAAAAAUUCCAAGAAAUCGAGUAUUACCCGUAAAAAGAAGAAAAAGGCUAAAUACUGAAUAUGGAUGCUAUAUAUAUUUAUGGAUGUUUUCUAUUUCCAUGGCCAACCGGACAUGCCUAGGAAGAUAUUGCUUGUUCUAUAAUAGUAAUUUUCACUGGAACCAAGCCACUUUCAAAUUCUAAAAUUUGAUGACUAUUUAAUGAAAGUUCAAAAUAGUGUGAA